AUGGUGGUCCGAAUCAUGCUCAUGGUUCCAUUAUACGCAAUUUCAUCAUUCAUCUCCUUGUUCUCCCUCCAGGCAGCAUUCUUUAUUGAUGUAGUACGGGACAUCUAUGAGGCAUUUGUAAUUUAUUGCUUUUUCGACCUUCUCAUCGCCUACCUGGGAGGAGAGCGCUCUCUCCUCAUACUUCUCCACGGUCGCUCACCGAAAUAUCCCGCAUUUCCUGCUAGCAUCUUUUGGAGAGAGGUUGAUGUAAGCGACCCGCACACAUUCUUAUUUCUGAAGCGCGGCGUGAUUCAAUAUGUCCAAGUGAAGCCAAUACUUGCGCUUGUGACCAUUGUGCUCAAACUGUUGGGAAAAUUCAACGAAGGCGAUCUCCGCGCAAAUUCCGGGUAUCUCUACGUGAGCGUCGUCUACAACGUGAGCAUUUGCCUCAGCUUGUAUUGCCUGGCCAUCUUCUGGUUGUGUGUGAGUGCGGAUCUCAAACCAUUCAGGCCCAUGCCGAAGUUCCUCUGUGUGAAAGGCAUCCUCUUCUUCUCCUUCUGGCAGUCGAUCGGCAUCUCCAUCCUGGUUGCCGCCGGCGCGAUCACGAAGCUUGGACCAUACACGGACAGCGAACAUAUCGCGCUCGGGCUCACGGACACGCUCAUCUGCCUCGAAAUGCCGCUCUUCGCGGUCGCACACCUGUACGCAUUCUCGACGCGCGAUUUUGUCGACCCACACAUCGCGUUCGUUGCGCGCAUGCCAAUGCUGUAUGCGUUCCGCGACGCAUUUGGGCUCAAGGACGUCGUCGAGGACCUCAAGGCAACGCUGCGCGGUGAGGGUAUGGAUUACCGUGAGUUCGAGCCGAGCGAGGGCUUCAUCCACCAAGGUGCGGGCCGCGACAGGCGCAUACGCGCGGGCCUACGGUACAGCCAAGGCGGCAGGCGCAAAUACUGGUUGCCGCAGCCUGCGAAGCCAUCAGGCAAUAUCGAGGGCCGCCUCAAUAGGGCAGUCGACCGCAUCGCGGGGCAGGACCAGACGGAAGAAGUUUACGCGCCGCUCUUGUCAGGCCAAGCUGAAGGUGUCGUACACACGGCGGCGGACCUACGGACGCCGCAAACAGAAGGUCGCACGAUCUUCGACACCGUCUCUUUGGAGGAAGAGGGCUUCGGUUUGCCGUUCGGCGAUAUCGACGAAAUGGACGAAGAAUUAUUUAAGCACAGUAAGAAGUAUCUCUUCGGCGACUACCAUUAUCCGUCCGUCGAUGUCAGCACCGAAGCGGCGAAGCGGGCGAUGUGGGAUGAAGAAGAGCGGAUUCUGAGCGACGAGCGCGGGGCAUUUUUCUCACCCAUUCCGCACAGCGCGGCGCGGAAGGGCAAAACGCGGGCAAGCAACGAGAUCACAAGACGCGAGGUGGUCAUUGACAAGGAGCAUGACCGACUGCCGGAGGCGAAGGCGGGAGAUGUGAAGCUGCGAUGGACAAGUCGCGAGCACACUCCCGUGCCGUCUCCUCGCACCCGUGCACUGUCUGCGAACAUUCAGCCCGUGUCUAGAAGAACAUCUUCCUCGACGAACAGUCCGAGGAAUCGACACCCGCCGCCAUCCCCGCAGAAAGAGACUGAGCGUCCUGUGCUCCCGCCUGACGCCGUGGAUUUGAUCGUCGAGGACCCACACGCCGCAGAGGAAUCCAUGACCCAUGAGCGGCGGAAAGGCGAGCCGGCAGUACGUGGGGGUAGUGCACUGCACAAGGUGUAUCGACGAGGAUAUGUUAUUGACAACGACAACAAGCGAGAGGAAGGCGAAGUUGAGGUCACUGGAGGCGCAAGUUUGGCUGGACGUCAAGAGGAGUCCGCUAUAUUCGACGUGGGAGACGGAGCAGAUGAAGUUGACGAUGUCCUGGAUGCCGAAACGCAAGCCGUAGAGGAACGGACAAUUGUUCAGGCAGAGACGCCGCCUGUACACGCACGAACUGUACUGUAUAGUCCAGACCUCCUGGACGAUGAGAACCCUUGGGCAUAG